AUGGCCGAAGCACAGCUGGAAGAUUUCCCGUCGCUCUUCUCCCUCAAGGGAAAGGUCGCCGUCGUGACCGGCGGCUCCCGCGGUCUGGGUCUCCACGCCGCCUCUGCUUUCCUCCAAGCAGGGGCUUCCAAGGUCUUCAUCUCAUCCCGCAAGGCGAAGGCCUGCGAAGAAGCCUGCAAUGCGCUCAACGCCAUUCCGAACCGCAGCCCCGGCGCCGUCGCGAUUCCCAUUGCCGCCGACGCGGCAUCAAUCAAGGGCGUCGAGCACCUCCUUGCCGAGGUCAAGAAGCAUACGGAUAAGGUUGACAUCCUGUUUGCCAAUGCGGGCGCUACAUGGGGAGAGGCUUUCGACACGCAUCCCGACAGCGCGUUUGCCAAGGUCAUGGACCUGAAUGUCAAGGGCGUCUUCAACACGAUCCGCCUGUUUACUCCGCUCCUGGAAAAGGCCGGCAACACCAACGACCCGGCUCGCGUCAUCAUUACGGCUUCAGUGGCGGGUCUCGGUAUCGGCACUCUCGGAAAGCAAGGCACGUACGGCUACAGCGCGAGCAAGGCGGCUGUCAUUCACCUCGGCAGAAAUCUGGCUCUGGAGCUGGCCCCGAGACAUAUCACUGUCAACUCGAUCGCUCCGGGCUUCUUCCCCAGCAAGAUGUCAAAUGGUCUCUUGGAAAUGUCCGGGGGAGCUGACCAGAUCGGCAAGGGCAACCCCAUGGGCCGUCUUGGAAAGCCGGAGGAUAUUGCGGGCGCCGUGGUCUACCUCGCCAGCCGUGCUGGGUCUUAUGUCAAUGGCGAGGUGAUUGCAAUUGAUGGAGGAUCACUGUGGAAGCGCGGGGAGCUGAAUUUGUCUAAGCUGUAG